AUGCCGCCCGGCGGCUUCGCGAACGUCGAGGACGAGCCGCCUCCGUCGCGGAAGCGCGGGCGGAGCCCCGAGCCCGCGGCGCCGCGCGCGCACCUGCCGCGCGUGCUCCCCGCCGGGACGCGCGCGGCCAUCCUCGCCGCCGUCGCCCCGGGUCGCGAGGCGCACGAGGUCGACGACUACCGGCGCCAGGUGCUCGCCGCGGGCCAGACGGCCGAGUUCGUCAUCCCGAGCCAGGUGACGCCCAAGUACGUCUGCAACGUCUGCGGCAACCGCGACCAGCGCAAGUUCCUCCACGAGCCCCGGGCCGGCGACGUCGUCUGCCUCGGCGCCGACGAGACGGGCUGCGGCAACGUCGUCGAGGAGCACAAGAUGCACGAGGGCGCGCAGUACCGCAAGUUCGAGGGCGAGGACGACAAGUCGCACCACGGACCGGCGCCGAACCGGCUCUACUCCGCGGCGCACAACAUGCGCACGUCCAUGGUGCCCACGGGCGGCGCCGGCGGCGCCGCGGCGAGCCGGCUGCGCCAGGCCUACGACGCCGUGGAGCUCGGCCU